AUGCUCAGCAAAAUCUUCACUUUCGGUGCUAUGUUGGCCGCAGCCAACGCCGGGCUUCUAGGCGGGCACGGCCACGCCGUCUCCUCACAGAGCAUCGUCCGCCACGACGCCGGCCACUACGCCGCGCCGCUGGCCUACGACGCACACACCGUGCCGCUGGCCUACGCCGCCCACGCCGCCCCCCUGGCGUACGCCCCUUCUGCCCACUACGCCGCCCACGAUGAGUACGCUCACCCCAAGUACGACUACUCGUACUCCGUGGCGGACCCCCACACCGGCGACCACAAGUCGCAGCACGAGACCAGAGACGGCGACGCCGUGCACGGCUCCUACUCGCUGCUGCAGCCCGACGGCUCCGUGCGCAGCGUGCACUACACCGCCGAUGACCACCACGGAUUCAACGCCGUCGUGGAGAACUCCGCCCCCGCUGUCCAUCCUCACCACGCCCCUGCCUACCAUCAUUAUAUCGUGAUCCUCGGUGCUCUAGUGUCUAUGGCCAGCGCGGGCUACUAUCACGGGCCGGCGCUGUCUUCGCAGAGUAUAGUCCACCAUGAUGGCCACGGGCUUGGCCACUUCGCCGCCCCCGCCUACUACGCCGCGCCGCUCGUUCACGCCGCUCCCCUCGCUCACUACGCCGCACCCCUCGCUUACGGCGCCCACUACGAUGGACAUGACGAAUAUGCCUACCCCAAAUAUGACUUUGCUUACUCCGUGGCGGACCCCCACACCGGCGACCACAAGUCGCAGCACGAGACCAGAGACGGCGACGCCGUGCACGGCUCCUACUCGCUGCUGCAGCCCGACGGCUCCGUGCGCACUGUCGACUACACCGCUGAUGAUCAUAAUGGAUUCAACGCGUUAGUCCACAACUCAGCGCCAUCCAUCCAUCCCGAACCCUAUCACGGAUACGGAUAUUAAUUGAUCAUCACAAUAUCAAAA